AAACAAAAAAAGUUGCGCGGUUCCUUCAAAUAUAUUCCGCCCUUUUCGUCUUGAUCAAUGUUAACUGUUGACUGAUUUUCCGAAUCUUUUAAUUCAAUUGUUCUGCGUUUUAAUUUCUUUUUUUAAGUGUUUUGAAUUAAUUUUUACUUUUCUUAAUCAUCAUGUUCAAGAAACGAACAUCAUUUACUCCACACACUUCAAGUUAUCCACCAAUCUUCAAGAUAAAAUUAGUUAAAUUAUCCGAGAUUGAGAACUUGUAUUCUGAAGUUAUCAUUGGCUCAUCUCCGACAGGUAAGGUUCAUGAAUGUAUGGUUAAAUAUGUCACUUCUCUGAUUGAACCUGCUGGAUGGCGAGCUGUUUGGAGAACCACUGAGACUGGAAUUAAUUCACCGGGAACAGUUUGUGAUUUUAUUGUUGAAGUUUUGGAUGUUUCUCAUAGUGAUUUGGAAGCUACAGUGUCCAUUGAAAAGCUUUUAUAUCCACCAUUAGAAGGAAACGAUUGUAAUGAUGAGGAAAGAGUUGCAAUCACUUCUUUGUUGAAGAAAAAGAUUGUCAAUGUUUCCCUUACAGAGCUUUAUGUUAUCAAUGAAAACAGCGAUGAAUAUUCUGUUACUGCGGUGGUUAUUGAACAUGUUCGCUUCUUUUAUCGUCAUAUUUGGCGACCCUGGGAUGAUAUAUUGACCCGUCCACAAAUUGCAUCUUUUGUUGAGAGUUACCUUUCCGAUAGACUCCGACUUUACUUUGAAAUUGGCUCUGGUGCGGUUAGCAAGCCAGUUAUUGAUCGGAUCAACUAUUUACUUGAUGAAGGUGCUCGAUUAAAGGCUCGAUUUGAAGAUGUUAAAAAGAAAAUGGAAGCUGUUAAUCAAGGAUUAGAUGGAGGUGAUUGGGGAACCAACGAAGAAAUUGCUAUAAAUGAUUUUGAUCUCUAUGAGUCUUUACGACUACAAAUGAAAUUAGAAGAUUUUGAUCUGGAAAUGUCACGACUUGAAGAUCCUCUUCUCCGAAAUAUCAUGAUGAUUGUCGAUGUUCCGAAAGAAAUGGAUGAUGGUGAAAGAAUUCACUUAGUUGCUGUUGAAUUCAAUCUUUCCCUACUCGAGAAAAUUGUUUCUUAUUUAAAAAAUUCACAAAUAUCCAAGGGGAAAAGUUCAAUUCCAAUAAUUUUCCAUCAAGAUUUACCUUCAGCCUUUUCUGCCGCUUACUCAGGAGAUAAAGUUCUAAUUCUUCCAGGAACUUAUGCUUGUGUAACAACCCUUUGGAUAACUAAAGACAUAAGUGUCACGGGAAUUGGCUUGACCAAAGAAGAGGUCAUUCUUGAAUCUAGCGAUCCAACGGGUGAAAUUUUUCUUCACUGUGCUUCAAAUGAUGUCAGUAUUUCCAAUUUAACCUUUCGAACAGCAGAUUCAUCACAAGGCCUAUUACAAGUUCAUUUUGGUCAAACUCAUCUCAAAGACUGUACCCUCGAUGGUGGUCAAUGUCGAACUGCUUUAACUGGUCAACUUUUCCUCACCGAAUGUAACAUUCCUCAUGCAUUUACCCUCAACGAACCUGAAAGUUCAAUCAAGAUAAAAUCGUCCAAUCUAAGUGAUUCAUUGACUUGCUCCCGACAUUCAACUUAAUCUUUCAUCUAAACAUUUUCUACCUGUUGAUUAAAAAGACUUAAUUUUGUUGCGAAUAGAAAAAAACACAAAUUUCUCUUUUUUUAUUAGAAUAUUUUCCCUUAAAGACUCACUCCUUUGAGGGAGCAAAAAUAAUUUCCCCAACACAUUUUAAUCUCAUGUUGUAACAUCAAUAACAACAAUUUUCUGUUUGAUUGCAACAAAUUAACGAAUUAAAAUAAUAUUUUCAUUGUUCCUUUCUAA